AUAAUCUUAUAAUUCAAAUUUCACGCGUUAUCGACGGCGUGUUUGAGUCGCAGAAGCUUCACUUAACUGCCACUAACACGGAGAGAUGAGAGCGCGUGGUGGGGAUGCCGUGUGGUAGGGAGGCCGUGCGGUGGGGGACACCUAUAAGUGUUGCAGCUCCACGGUAGAUGAGCACAUUCGACUUCAAGAGCGGUGCGGAGCAGUCAAACAUGGAGACCUGUAGCUGCUAUGAUUGCUGUGUGAGGAUGGUGUCGGCGUAUAAUUUGCAGAAUGAAGGGAACGAGGUGCCAUUCCCGACAACACCCCCGGGGUCUCCACCCAGGGAGCAGUAUCUGUGGCAGUGUCCGGAUACACCACCACCCUGGGUGGAACUGGGUUCACCACCUCAGUCACCACUGAGGGAGAUCGCGCACCAGAACCGACCAGAUUCGCCACCAUGGGCGCGGGUAGAGAGACCAGCUGUGUUAACAAGACCUUCUACACCAGAUGUCACGUCACCAUCACCUAGGUUACCGACACCGCUUCCACAGCCCAGGUCACCCUCACCACGACCUGAAGAAAGGGCGCCACCCGGUCCUCGUCGACGACCCGAAGUAAGGGUGCCACCUGGUCCCCGUCGACGACGACGUCACCGCCAACGUGCGGUUACACACAUUGAGAUUAAUAUUAAUAUUAUUUUUAAAUAAAUUUAAUAAAUUUUUCCUUCUUUACAUAAGUGUUAAUUAAUUCUGCGAAUGGGUGUGGGUAAAUGUCAGAAGUGGGGAUGUGUAAAAGUAGGAGUGGGGGUAAAAGUUCUAGUGCGCAUGAGCGAACAAAAUUUUGGGUAUAUAUUCGGGGAUCGCGAGCGAAUUUAGUCAUUCCUUCUUCUGUUCACAGGUGUUCCAGCUGCAGUCUUCCUUGCCAUUUACUAACUGUUUUUGAAAUAUUUAUUGUCUUUUUUUUUAUUUUUAUUGAUAUUUUUUGAUAUUUAUUGUAUUUUUUUGAUAUUUAUUUUAUUUAACUUUUAUAUUUCUUAGGUUAAGUGUGUUCUUUUCUAGGAUAAGCAUUUUUGAUAUUUAUUGUGUUCAUUAUAUUUAUUGUAAUUAUCUUUUGUAUUUCUUAGGUUAAGUGUGUUCUUUUCUAGGUUAAGCAUUUUAGAUUGUAAGUGUGUUUUUCUAGGUUAAGUUUUUUAGCUUGUAAGUGUGUUUCUUGUAAUUUCAAAGAUGAAGCGGAAGGCUACAUCCACCGAUGGACCGCGAAAACAUCCAAACUACAAGACCAUCCUCGAUGAGUGUGACGUCACGAUUCCACUCAUCAAGGAAGCUCUGGAGCUGGUGCCAAUCCUCAGAGACGUCGACUCAAGACGAUCAUU